AUGUCGGCUUGGUCAUGUGAUCAGCUGUGUUCAAUCACAGAUGAUCACUGACAGAGAGAGGAGAGCCAGUAAUCAUCAUUCCUGCAGAGGGGACAUGUACACUGAUCAUCAGGGCACUGAUGAUCAGUGUGCCCUGAUGAUCAGUGUGGCCCCAGAAGUGCCCACCUGUCCAUCAGUGCAGCUGUCAGUUCUGAACAGUGCCACGUGCCAGUGCCCCAGUGCCACAUCAAUGCCACAUAUUUGCCUACCAAUGCACAUCAAUGCCACAUAUCAGUGCCCAUUUGUGCUGCCUUUCAGUGUCACCACAGUGCCAUCAGUGCCAGUCCAUGUCAGUGCCGCCUAAAUCAAUGCCAAUCAGUGUCGCCUAUCAGUGUGCAUCAGUG